CCUUCUCAUGCUACGCUAGUUCAUCGUAGUGACGGCGGCAUCAAUUUCUGAAUUAAUUACCAUUUGUCGCAAAAACUGCGCGUCCUUUGCCUUUCUAUACUUAAAAUUUUCUUCUCGUUUAGGUUGUGUUAAAUUGUGAUCUAAAUGGCAUCGGACGAAGAGGUAGACGGUUCUUUUGCAGGUGACGAGGAUGUUGAGGAAGGUGAGGGUCAGAACGAGAAUUCUGCAGAAAGUGAUGAAGCACCACCUAAAGAGGAUGACGACUACUCACCAGAGGACGGCAGAAAGAAGAAAAAAGGAAAGAAAAGAAAAGCCAGAGGUGAAGAAAAGAAAGGCAGAAAGAAGAAAAAGAAGAGAAAGAAUGAAAGCGAAGAAGAUGACGACUUUGGUCUGGAGGUUGAGGCGGAGGGCGACAGUGAUUAUGCACUGAGUGCUGUCUCGUCCAGCAAGAAGUCGCGUAAGGGCCGCGGCAGCAAACACAACACUUCCAAUCCGGUGGCUUCAGAUUCAGGAUCUGGUAUGCCAACAGUGGAAGAGGUCUGCUCCUCAUUUGGUCUCACAGAUGUGGACAUACAGUAUACAGAUGCAGACCUCGAGAAUUUGACUAGUUACAAACUGUUCCAACAACAUGUGCGACCGUUUAUUGUUAAAGAAAAUCCAAAGGUACCAGUGUCAAAAUUAAUGAUGUUGGUAGCAGCAAAGUGGCGACUUUUCUGUGAAACAAAUCCACAUCUCGAUGGUGGCAAUAAUCAGAACAUUGGCGGCUCAGAAGAAAACACAAAUACUUCGACUACGUCAGAUUACGCGCCGAAGCGAGGUGGUCGGCCGCCAAAAGAAAAUAAGAUCGAGGACUCAAUAGAUGAGCCAGAAGAGGAAGACGAUGAAGGUAUCAGUGAUGAAGGCACGCCGGCGCCUCGUAAACGCGGCCGCAAGCCCAAACACGGUACUAGUUCCACGCCUCGGGGCAAACCGGGCAGGAAGCCUAAAGUGCCCACGCUCAAGAUCAAGUUUAGCAAGCGAAAGCGGACUAGCAGUGAGGAAGACCAAGAAGGUAGCGCUGGUGCGAACUCGGAUUCAGAUGCCGAGUUUGAACAAAUGUUGGCAGAGGCUGAAGAGACCAAACCGGCCGCCGCCGCGGACGAACCAGGAGCUCCAGUUAAGGAAGAAGAUCCUAAUCUACCGCCACAACCCAAAAAGAAAGCUAAAACGAAAAUCGGCAACAAGAGCAAGAAAAAGAAGAAAAUGAAAACAACAAAUAAGUUUCCCGAUGGCACUGAAGGGGAGCAGGAGCACCAGGACUAUUGUGAGGUGUGCCAACAAGGCGGCGAGAUAAUCCUGUGCGACACGUGCCCGCGCGCCUACCACCUGGUGUGCCUGGAGCCCGAGCUGGAGGAGACGCCCGAGGGCCGCUGGUCGUGUCCGCACUGCGAGGCCGAGGGCAACCAGGACCAGGACGACGAUGAUGAGCACCAGGAGUUUUGUAGAAUUUGCAAAGACGGCGGCGAGUUGUUAUGCUGCGACUCAUGUCCGUCUGCGUACCAUCGCUUCUGUUUGAAUCCGCCGUUGGAAGAGGUGCCAGAUGGGGAGUGGAAAUGUCCUAGAUGUAGUUGUCCACCUAUGGACGGGAAAGUGGCGAAAAUUCUCACAUGGCGAUGGAAGGAGUCGAGCGGCAAGUCAAAAUGCCCAAGGACCAGGGAAUUCUUUGUCAAAUGGCAUGAACGGUCGUAUUGGCAUUGUAGCUGGAUAUCUGAGUUGCAGCUGGACGUGUUCCACCCGCUGAUGUACCGGUACUACAUGCGCAAGUCGGACCCGGAGGAGCCGCCCAAGCUGGAGGCGGAGGAGGAGCGCGAGGGCCGCAAGCGGUACAGCAAGCACGCGCACCACGACCCCGACGAGAAGAUGCUCGAGGAGAAGUACUACAAGUAUGGUGUAAAACCAGAAUGGCUGAUAGUUCACCGAGUUAUAAAUCAUCGUACUUCUCGGGAUGGGACAACAUACUUUUUGGUCAAGUGGCGUGAUCUUUCCUACGACCAAGCUACAUGGGAAUCUGAACAUGCAGAUAUAGCAGGAUUGAAAAACGCCAUAGAAUAUUAUCAGGACAUGCGCGCUUUUAUAACAUCAGAAGGCAAGACGAAAGGAAGCAAAGGCAAGAAAGCUGGACGCAAGAGUAAGAAUAAGGACAAUACCGACGAUGACGAAAAUAGCAGCGGCAUUCAAGGGAAGGGUUACAAAAAAUACAACCCUCCUCCUGACCGGCCGACUACUAACUUGAAUAAGAAGUACGAAGACCAGCCACCAUUUGUCUACGAGACGGGAAUGCAACUGCAUCCAUACCAGUUGGAAGGGUUGAACUGGUUGCGGUAUUCUUGGGGCCAAGGAAUCGAUACCAUCCUGGCCGAUGAGAUGGGUCUCGGAAAAACUAUACAGACAGUUACGUUUUUGUACUCCUUAUUUAAGGAAGGUCACUGCAAGGGACCAUUCUUAGUUUCUGUACCUCUGUCCACUAUCAUCAAUUGGGAGAGAGAGUUUGAAUUGUGGGCGCCAGACUUGUAUUGUAUUACCUAUGUGGGUGAUAAAGAUUCUCGAGCGGUUAUACGUGAGAAUGAGCUUACCUUCGACGAUGGUGCAAACAGAGGCGGCCGACCAUCAAAGAUAAAGUCACAAGUCAAAUUCAAUGUUCUAUUAACUUCAUAUGAAUUGAUCUCAAUUGAUUCCACUUGCCUUGGUUCAAUCGAUUGGGCCGUUCUUGUCGUAGACGAAGCUCACAGGUUAAAGAGUAAUCAGUCCAAAUUCUUCAGGCUUUUGGCUGGAUAUCAUAUUAAUUAUAAGUUACUGUUGACUGGUACUCCAUUGCAAAAUAACUUGGAGGAACUUUUCCAUCUCCUCAACUUCUUGAACAAAGAUAAAUUUAAUGACUUAGCUGCAUUCCAAAACGAGUUUGCCGACGUGUCAAAGGAGGAACAAGUAAAGAGGCUUCACGAAAUGCUCGGACCGCACAUGUUGCGUCGUCUCAAAGCCGACGUACUCAAAAACAUGCCUGCAAAAUCUGAGUUUAUUGUGCGUGUGGAAUUAUCCCCAAUGCAAAAGAAAUACUAUAAGUACAUUUUGACGAGGAAUUAUGAGGCGUUGAAUCCGAAGAGCGGAGGUCAGACAGUUUCUCUUCUUAACGUGAUGAUGGAUUUGAAGAAAUGUUGUAACCAUCCCUAUUUGUUCCCUGUCGCUGCUGAAGAAGCUCCAUUAGGUCCUCACGGUAAUUACGACACCCAGGCAUUAGUUAAGGCGUCAGGAAAACUUGUGCUCAUGUCCAAGAUGUUGAGACAACUGAAAGAGCAAGGCCAUAGAGUUCUAAUUUUCUCACAGAUGACAAAAAUGUUGGAUAUUUUGGAAGAUUUCUUGGAAGGCGAAGGAUAUAAAUACGAAAGGAUUGACGGUGGUAUCACAGGAACAAUUCGUCAAGAAGCUAUCGAUAGGUUCAAUGCACCAGGCGCUCAGCAGUUUGUGUUUCUGCUAUCGACCAGAGCUGGUGGUUUAGGUAUUAACUUGGCCACAGCCGAUACUGUUAUUAUAUACGAUUCAGAUUGGAACCCGCACAAUGAUAUCCAGGCCUUCUCUCGAGCUCAUCGUAUCGGUCAAGCUAAUAAAGUCAUGAUCUAUCGAUUUGUGACACGUAACAGUGUUGAAGAAAGAGUAACGCAAGUAGCUAAAAGGAAGAUGAUGUUGACUCACUUGGUUGUACGUCCCGGUAUGGGUGGAAAAGGCGCUAACUUUACGAAGCAAGAAUUGGAUGAUAUUUUAAGGUUUGGUACGGAAGAAUUGUUCAAGGAGGAGGAAGGCAAAGAAGAAGCUAUUCAUUAUGAUGACAAAGCUGUAGCUGAGCUGCUCGACAGAUCGAAAGAAGGUAUUGAACAGAAAGAAUCCUGGGCUAAUGAAUAUCUUAGCUCCUUCAAAGUGGCAAGUUAUUCAACAAAGGAAGGCGAUGGGGAAGAGGAAGUUGAUACUGAGAUUAUUAAACAAGAAGCCGAAAAUACUGACCCCGCUUACUGGAUCAAACUGCUCAGACAUCAUUAUGAACAACAUCAAGAAGACCAGGCUAGAACACUCGGAAAAGGUAAACGAGUUCGUAAACAGGUUAAUUAUAAUGACGGCAGUGUUGCGCAAACUGAAAACAGGGAAGACUCGACAUGGCAAGAAAAUGGAUCCGAUUACAACUCUGACUUCUCACAGGGAAGUGAAGAUGACAAAGAAGACGAUGACUUCGAUGAAAAGAACGAUAAUGGUGAUCUCCUCAGCCGUAGAAGCAAGAGACGACUGGAAAGGCGAGAGGAAAGAGACAGACCUCUACCACCUUUACUUGCCAGAGUCGGAGGCAACAUGGAAGUCCUCGGAUUCAACGCCAGACAAAGAAAAUCAUUCCUUAACGCGAUCAUGCGAUAUGGUAUGCCGCCGCAAGAUGCGUUUAAUUCGCAAUGGUUAGUUAGAGAUUUAAGAGGCAAGUCAGAACGAAAUUUCAAAGCCUACGUGUCGUUGUUCAUGAGGCAUCUAUGUGAACCGGGCGCGGAUAAUGCGGAGACGUUCGCAGACGGUGUUCCCAGAGAAGGCCUAUCUCGCCAACACGUACUGACGAGGAUUGGUGUUAUGAGUCUGAUUAGAAAAAAAGUUCAGGAGUUCGAACAUAUUAAUGGCUAUUACAGCAUGCCAGAAUUGGUUCGAAAACCAGUAGAACCAGUAAAAAUUGCGGGAGCGGAAAGUGCGGCUCCAAGCCCCGCGCCAUCUACCGCCACGCCUAUCACUUCCGCUGCCCCUUCGCCUGCCCCCACACAAGCCACACAAGUCUCAGGACAAGCCCCUACACCGGGUGGCUCAGAAAAGGACGAGAAAGAAGAGACGAAAGAUGACAAGUCUGAUUCAAAAGACAGCAAAGAUAAGGACGAGCCGAUGGACACGAGCGACAUCAAAGAGGAUAUCAAACCGGAAGAGAAGGAAACUAAGGUAGAUAAAGAAGAAGUUAAGGAGGAGCGUCGUAUGUCCGUCGACGACGAAUCGCCUAAAGAGGAAGAAAAACCUGAAGAGAAGAAAGUAGAAGAGAAAGAGGAGAAACCAGAAAAGGAAGAUGACAAAAAAGAUGACGUAAAGAGUGAGAAAGCUGAGUCUGAGGCUUCUGAGAAGCCGAAAGAAGAUAAGAAAGAUGAGGAUGACGACGACGUGGUGCUCGUCAAGGAGGAGGAGGAUCUCAAGGUUGAACGCCGCAAGUUCAUGUUCAACAUCGCUGACGGUGGUUUCACAGAACUGCAUACGUUGUGGCUGAACGAGGAAAGAGCAGCGGCGCCUGGUAGAGAGUACGAGAUCUGGCACAGGCGGCACGACUACUGGCUACUAGCCGGUAUCGUGACGCACGGCUACGGCCGCUGGCAAGACAUUCAGAAUGACCUGCGGUUCGCGAUCAUCAAUGAGCCGUUCAAGAUGGACGUUGGCAAGGGCAACUUCCUUGAGAUUAAGAAUAAAUUCCUGGCGAGGCGAUUUAAGCUCCUCGAGCAAGCGCUAGUGAUCGAGGAGCAGCUCCGGCGCGCCGCGUACCUGAACCUGACGCAGGACCCGAACCACCCGGCGAUGUCGCUGAACGCGCGCUUCGCGGAGGUGGAGUGCCUCGCGGAGUCGCACCAGCACCUCAGCAAGGAGUCGCUCGCGGGCAACAAGCCGGCCAACGCGGUGCUGCAUAAGGUGCUGAACCAGCUGGAGGAGCUGCUGUCGGACAUGAAGUCGGACGUGUCGCGGCUGCCGGCGACGCUGGCGCGCAUCCCGCCCGUGGCGCAGCGCCUGCAGAUGUCCGAGCGGUCCAUCCUGUCGCGCCUCGCGGCCACCGCCGGCAACCCCGUGCCCGCCGGUCAAAUGGCGCAGUUCCCGGGCGGGUUCCAGUCGGGCACGCUGCCGGGCUUCUCGGCGGCGGCUGCGGCGGCCAACUUCACCAACUUCCGGCCGCAGUACUCUGUGCCCGGACAACCCGCCACGCCCUCUUCUAAUGUGAGUUGA